AUGAUAUUGGUAAUUUUUUUGUGCACAUACUAAACAGCAUAAUAUACCUUCCCAAACACUACACUCUACAUGGAUCAUUUGAGUUUUAAAAAAAUCCUCACAAUUCAUGAUUCUGAAUUAUCUGAGGAUAGUUGCUUAACUUUUGGUAUAUGGUCAAAAUAUAGCCCAUUAAACAUAUAAAGUUUUAAGAAUCAAAUUGGAAUGUUUCAAAGUAACUGCUUUUAAUUAAUUAAUGUGAUGGAAUAUACUAGUCAGACUUUAAAAUUUAUUUAUUACGUUUGCCUUGACAAUUCCACUAAAAGAAUUGUCAAGAUGAUAUAGUUUGUAAGUGAUGAUGAUGAAUAAAUAAAAUUUGAGAAGUUUGUAGAUCCAAUGAAAUAUGAAAAUGUUUGGUACUCAUUUUAAUUCAUAUCAUGGCCUAUAUAAAAGAAGCUAUAGUUAAUCAUUAUUGAAUCAGAGAACAAAAUUUUCAAUCAAAUAUUAGAGAAUAUUGAUCUUUUCAAAGAAUAGUAACUAUUAUUAACUUUUGGAGAGAGCUUGGAAGUAAUGAAUUCGUAAAUUGAUUAAGUGAAAUAAGGAAUGUACCUUUCUUUGUUCCCAGGAUAAAUUGUUAUUUAUGAACCUUUAAUAUAAUCAAUCCCAAUAUCAUUUGAUUUUGAAAACUAAAUAAUUGAAGGAUAUGAGAAUCUAAUCUAAUGCAAUUGCCAAAAUAAUGAAUAAGUAAUCAUAUAAGACAAUGACUUAAUUACUCUUGAUUCAAAGAUAUAUAUUUCAGGAAAUGCUAGUUGUGAUUAUUAUGCUUUAAGUGGAUGGUUAAAAAUUGUAAAUGCUCUUUAACAUGCUCAAGAACUUUCCUAUUAAUUUAUGAAAAUGACACCGUAUUAAGGAUAAACACAACUCUUUAUUGAAAAUUUGGCAACAUUUGAAUUGUUCUAUUUGAUUUCUCCUUUUUAAUCAAAAAUAGUGAUUACAACCUAUAAUAUUAAUUUUCCUAUCGUGACAAACGAGAUUUUGGAUAAUUCUUAAAAAAUAGAGACAUAAUUUUAGAUUUAAACAGAUAUUAUUACUUAAUGGCAUUAUUUAUUUUUAGAAUUCAAAGAUAAUCAACUCAAUAUUAAAAUAACGUUUUAUGAUUAUUAUUAAUAUGAUAUCUAAUCUUAUGAAGCAUAAGUUAAAGUCGUGUAGUUUCAUAAUUGUUAAUAUAAAUUAAUUUAUGGUAAUAUUUUGUCAAAUUCAUUGAAUUACUUGAAAAUGGCAAUACGAAAUUUUCAAUUUGUUAAUUGCAGGGAUGAUUAAAGGAUGACAAAAUGCCAUUCGAGUUGUUUAGACUGUGAUGGUGCGGGUAAGACACGUUGCUUGUCUUGUUCACUUGAGUCAAAAAGAAUAUAUCUUCCUGAAGUUAAGCAAUGCGUUUGUCCAGUUGAUACAAUAGAUUAUGAAAAUAAAUGUAUUACUUAUUUAGAUUUAAAUCUAAAGUUAAAUAUUCUAGUGGAUAAUUAUCAAAAAUGCAAAACUGGUUAUUUCGAAUUAGAAGGAGAUUGUAUAAAAUGGUAGAUAUAAUAUUUAUAAUAUUUUUAGUCCUUCUAUUGUAAAAACUAAUUUUAUAACUUGCUUUGAAUGCUUCUAAAGAGCGUAGGAUUGGGCUUAAUAUUCCUAUUGUUUCACCGUUUUAUAUUUUCCUCUAGCGUCUUCUACUAUUCACUCUUCAUUAUCUCUCAAUAUGUUUUACUAUUAUCACGAUGGAUCUGACUUAAUAAAUUGCGACUUUUGCUAUUAAGUAAAUAAAAAUUAGGAUUAAGAAUUGCAAAAUCCAAAUGGUGUUUAUCAGAUGUUUGAAAUAAAAUCUUAAGGUUUCUAAUACUUUUGUUUUUCAUAGAUCGAAGAAAUUGAUGAUUUAAAAUGUACAUUUUGUUAUAUUCCAUAUUGUGUCCAAUGUGGUAUUGAAAUAGAUCAAAUGAUAUGUUUGAUUUGUGAAUAUGACUUAGUCUUUAUUAAUGGAGUUUGUACAAGGGAAGAAUUACCACUUUUAUACUAAUCUUGUCAACCUCCAUAUUAUGCAUCAAAUAAAAGGGAGUGUAAGUUAUGCACAAUAAAUAAUUGCUUAUACUGUUUUGAGUAUUAUUAUUUAGGUGAUAAUUUAGAAUAUAGUACUCUUCAAUUAUAUAAUAUAGAAAGUAUAGAAAAUUAAAUUACAUCUAUCUUAGUUGGUUGUCUUUUAUGUGAAAAUGAUUAUAUUUUUGAUUUUUCUUUAGGUAAAUGCAUAAAAUAAACUCCAAGAAUACAGUAUUGUUUAACAUCAUAUGUAAAAUCUUUAGAAGAACAUUGUAUAGUAUCAAGCUUGAAGGAUUUUCAAGUAUCUCGUGUAACUAAUGAUUGUGAUAGUUUUAUAGUGAACUGUUCCAAAUGCAUGUUAAAUCUUUAAGAAAUUCUUAUUUGCAUUGAAUGCAAAAUCGGAUAUGUGUUACAGGACAGUUAAUGUUAUAUGAAUGAUGAAUUUAGCUCUAAUUACCUAAGAGAGCUACAAAGUUUAUAGGUUUAUGCCUUUUUAUUGACUUACAAUCCAAAAUAUUUGAUGGAAUUUUCGAACACAGAAGAUUUUUCAUACAAAUGUGGUUAGUAAUGUUUAAAAUGCAAAAAUGAAGAUGAAUAAUAUUUUUGCGAUGAGUGUCAACUUGAUUAUAUGGAUGGACCCAUUAAAAUUUAAUAAGGUCUUUACUGCCCUAUUUGCCCUCGACUUUGCUAAGUUUGUACGUAUCGCUCUAAAGAAGAAAUUUAGGUAAAAUUAAUAUAUAUUAACGUAAUUAGUCGAUAAAUCCAUUGUUCAUAAUUACAGAUGAAAACUCUAUAUAUACAUAAUAGUGUCUUUUACCUAUUUCUGAUCCUUUAAUUUUCCAUGAUCCUUAUAUAAAGCAAGCUUAAUAUUGUUUUGAUGGCAUCUGUCACAAUGAAUUUUAUUUAGAAUAUAAUGUAAAUAAUUGCUUUUUCGAUAGGUUUCCUAAUACUUUAACUUUCUUUUAAAUCAACCCAGAAUAUUACAACCACAUUGGUAUUAAUACUUUUACUUUUAACAUAUUCUUCGAAGUUUAAUUUGAACUUUGCCACUUAAUGCGGCAGCUCUAAUCUAUUUCGUCGUUAAAAAACGAAGUUUUUGCACUCAAAACUAUGAAUAUCAAUUUUAUAUCAGUAAAUCCAUUCUUUUUUGUUUUAUCCAAUAAAAUCCGACUAAUAGAUUAUGAUCAUUUCACUUUCAUUAAUUCCAGUUUUAUUUUUUUAGAAUAAGUGGAAGAGAAUAUUUAGAUGUUGAAUAGCAAUAAUGAUAUUGAUUUAACAAUUAUCAAUUGUUCAAUAGAGAAUAGCAGCAUCUUUAAUGUUACAUCUGUAUUUUAUGCAUACCAAUUUGGCUCAAUCAAUAUCUAAAAUUUUUCAAUUAAAAAUACAAUCAUUAAAAAUUCUUCCUUGUUUAACUUAUAAUUAUCAUAAUUUGAAGGAUAAAUGACUAUUACUUCUCUUUUUCUUGAAAAUUGCACUUUUAUAGAUUUAUAAUUAUUUUAAUUUUCUAAAAUUUCAUAAAACAUAAAAAUCCUAAAUUUGACUUUAGAUUCAUGUGUAUUUUAAAAUGCUUCUCUUUUUACAUUAUAUAUCAACUACAUAAAAGAAGCUACAUUCGAGCUAAAAAACAUAAGGAUUUAAAAUAAUAAUUUUCACAACUCAUAUUUACUCUUUUGCUCUUAAAUAAUCCAUAUAGAUUUGAUCAACAUUAAUUUCAAUUCUAAUAGAAUGGAUGCUUCGAUAAUAUUUGGAUUUAGUUAUAGUUUAUCUGCUUACGAUAUAAAAAUUAAAGAAAAUGUAAUUAUUGGAUCCUAAUUUUUAUAAACAAUUGAAGUAACAAAUGAUAAGAAUACUGAUUGCUAGAUAUCUAAACUCAUAGUUGAGAAAAACGUUCUUCAAAAUACCAAUCUGUUUCACAUAUUUUCAAAUUCAUAUUCAAAUAAAAUUUAAAUUUCUAUUACAUUUGUACAGAUUUAAUUAAACCUUAGAUCGCUUAAUUCAGAUUAAUAAAGCUAAAUAUUUAACAUAAAUAGCAAAAAAUUAGAUUUAAACAAUUUCUUUGUUACUAAUAACCAAGAAGUGCGUAUAUUGAAUAUUUACGACAGCGAAUAUAUUUAAAUUAAAGAGUUAGAUUUUUAAAAUUCUGUCGUUGAGUAAAAAGUUUCAUUUUCAAUAAAUUAGUUGUAACGAUCAAAUCUCUAAAAUCAACUAAUUUUAAUUACUGGUUUUGAUGAUAUUAUAAUUGAAAAGUGCAAAUUUAUUAAAUAAUCCACUAUUGAUGAAUCCAUUAUAGAGAUAAUAUCAAGCAAAUCAAAGCAAUUAAUUGGGUCAAUAUUCAUAAGGGAUAUUCAAUUUUUUGGAAAUCUCCUAUAAUUGCUGAAUUAAGUUUAAUCCUUUUCACUAUUAACAAUUCUUUCAGACAGGUAAAUUGAUGUUAUAAUGGAAGAGGUUACAUAUUAACACAAUUUUAUGCAUGUGUAUUAUGAAAGUGCCUUGAAGUAAUCGGCUGCAUUAUUAUACAUUAUUUCAGCUUAAAGUAAUAUUUUAGUAAACAACCUGAAUUGCAACUAAAAUUCCUUGACUAACUCAUCCAACUCUUUUAUAAGGGUUACAUCUAGAUAAUUGACGCUCAGGAAUAUAUUAGUUAAAAAUCAUAAUAUUUUACCUUUUAAUACUUGGAAAGAAUAUUAUCCUAUUGUUAUUACUAAUGAAUAAGAUUAAGAGGAAACUAAUAUCUUUAUAAUGCAGAUAUACCAUAUUAAAACUAUUGGGGGAGCUGCUUAGAUUGAGGCUAGUAAAUUUGAGUGCUUAAAUUGUGCUUUUGAAGAGAUAUUGGCUGCAAGGAGUUCAGUUUUUGAUAUUGUAACUUCAAAUGAAGGAAUUGUUAUGAUUUCUAAUUUCUCUGUUAAUUCUACUACAUAUAGUUUGGUCGAAUAAACAGAAGGUUCUGGGAGCAUAAGUUUUCAUUCAUAAAAUAGCAUUUUGAAUCUUUUUAUAUCAUCUGCCAGAUUCUCUAAUGUUAUCAAUAGAAUGUCAACAUCUAUUUUCACUAUUAUUCCAUCAUUGCUUCAAAACAAAAUUAUUAUCCAAGAUAUCUAAAUUCUAAAUUGUAUUUCCUUAAAGAAUUAAAUUGUUCAGAUCUAAUUCAUUAAUCAGAUUGUUGCCCUAAAUUCGAUUUCUCUCAUGAAUGUUAAGAUAGUCUAAGAUUAAAAAGCAUGGACAAUUUAUUUUUAAAUAAUCAAAUUAUUGAGUUUAUCUGAAAUAUUAGAAAUUACAGGGGAUGAAAAUGCGCUAAUUUAUUUGGAAAAUUGCGACAUUUAUAUUUAAAAUUUGAUUUUUGAAGGAAUCCUUUUAGCUCCAGUAUUUAAAUCAAUUAAUGUACAAAACUUGCUGUUAUUUAAUUUUCAUUUAGAAAAUGUGAUUAGUAUAACCACUUAAAGUCUCAUUUAAAUUAAUUAAAUAGUCUAAAGGACGUCUCUAAUUUCUUUAAAAUCGCUAAAUAUUAUAGGAGCAUAGUUAUUUCAGUUAAAUCCUUAGCCAAUUGUUUAUCCUCCUAAAUUAUUUGCAGACUAUGUUAUUGUUGCAUAAUAGAUUAUGAAUAAUUCAUUCUUAAUCGAAUAACCGUAAGAUUAUUUUCAUACCAAUCUCAUUUAACUGUAGUAAUCAAACUACUAAAAAAGUUCAGUCAUAAGGAUAAAAAGUGAAUCAAAUUUAAGUACUAUUAUUUUAGAUAAGAUAAAUGUAAAGCAUAACCAUUUUGAAACAAUCUAAAAUGGUAUUAUUUAUUUUGAUGUCGCUAUUUUUGGGAAAUUAAGAGUUUAUUCUUUAGAAUGCAUAAGCAAUUUUAUAAAAGAAUAUGGAUGCCUUCAUUUUGUAGGGAAUAACUCUGUUACUUCUACAAUUAGCAUUAAAAAUUCUAAUUUCAUAAAUAACAACGGAAGUAAAGGAGUUGCUAUUAAAGUUACUGAUAUAUCUAUAGAAUUAAAUAAUUGCUAAAUUAUCUCUAAUGUAGCAAGUACUCAAGGUGGGGCUUUGUAUUUAAAAAUAACUUCCAAAAUUUUUAGAAUAGUAAAGACUUUUAUUAUAAAUAAUCAUGCAUAUGAAGGAGGAGGAAUAUAUUUUGAGAAAGAUCAUAAUUUAAACUCCUCGAACUUUUAGUAUUCAUAUUUGUUGUUCAAUUUGGCAUCAAAUUAUGGAAACAAUCUUGUUGAAAAUCCUACUCAUUUAACACUCUUUAUUAACUAAAAAGAAAUGCCUGCCAAAAUAUAAGUGAAGGAUCGUAUCUCCACUAGCUUUUUAAGAAUUCUCCCUUACAAUAUAAUAGAGCAAGGAAAAUAGUUAGAGGUGAAAUAACUGAUGAUUCCUAGUAAUUAAUAAAUCAAUAACUACUAAUUAUUUAUUUUAAAAGGCUCCUUUUAUAUUAGCUACAUAAAAAAUAUGAUUCUAUUUUUUAAAAACAGCAAAGGAGAAUUACUUUAUAAUUUAAUUAGUUCAACAUGUAAUGUAUCAAGUGUUAUUAUAAAAAAUGAUGGUGGAGAAGUAAAAGAACCAACAAAAAGCCUUACCUUAAAAUAUGAAUCUGCAACCAAUAACUUUGAAUUAGGCUCCCUUGCAUUUACUCUAAAUCCAUUUGAAGAAAAUUAUAGUCACUUAAAAAUUCAAGUUAACUGCAAAACGUCAUAUUCCGAAAAUGAAUUCAGAUAUAUUAUAAAUGCAAAAAGUCUUAAAUGUUAAUUAGGUGAAUUUUUUUUUGAAAACGGAUGUUAAAUUUGUAGUUCGAGUUAAGGUUUUUACAGUGUUACAUACAAUUCAAUCAAAUGCUCCAUAUUUGAUAAAUAAAAAUUCUAAAAUAUAACUUCCAACAUGAUUAAUUUAUUUCCUGGUUAUUGGAGACCAAAUUAUCUAUCUGAUUAUACUGAAUCAUGUUAUAAAAAUUCUUUAUUUUGUUAAGGGGGAUGGGGAGUUGGAGAUGUUUCUUGUUAAUUGGGGCAUACUGGUGCCUUAUGUGAAGUGUGCGAUGUAUAUAAUAAGAGAGGGAAUGGGUAAUUUUUUAAGGAUUAAUCAAACUUUUCAUGUUAAUCUUGUUCAAAAAAUGAUAAUAUUGUCAUUCCUUUAUUACUUGCAUUGUUUUAGUAAAUAAUUUUCUUAACCAUUUAGGUCAUUAUUAUCAAUAUCAUUAUCCUUGAAAAGUAUCAAUAAAUCAAAUUAACUCUUUGCUUAACUCAAGAUAUUUCUUAAGUUUAGUAAAGUAAUAUUUAAAUUGAGUCAAGGUAAUAAUUUUUUUUAAUUUUAGAUCAUGAAGGAAUCUUAGUCAAAAUGUUACUUAAUUAUUUAUGGAUUUUUUCAGUUAUUUUUACCUUUAAUAUUAGUUUUUCAUUCUCCUUCAUCUUUAUUGAACAAUCAAGUAAUAGCUUUUACUUUAUGGUAAAUAAUUUAGAUUGUUACUUAUCAAAUCUCCAACCACAUUUAAUUUAUAUGAAAAUCUUUGUUAUUUUAUUAUUAAUGAUAUUACAAUUCAAAUUGAUACUUGCUUUAUCUCUUUUAUAUCAUAAUAUCAUGAAUAAUUAGAUGGAUAAUAGCUUGCUCUCAAACACAUUACUUUAUUUGUAUGUUUUUAACUAUGGAGGAUUGAUCAAAAUGUAUAAAAUUAAUUUAGCAUUAGGCUCUGUUCAUCCUUAUCAGUUAGAUAAAUAUCUAACAUCAACUACAUAUAAGGAGAUGUAUCCCUUUUAUAUAAUACUGAGGAUCAUUAAUUAUGGAUAUAUUUUUUUAUUUUGCCAUUGCUUAUAGUUUUUGGUUGCAUCAUCCCUUUUUCUUUAUUUUUACUAACUUAUAUUAAAAGAGAUAUACUUUAUAAAAUUAAACUCAGAAAACAUAUAUGCUACCUAUUUAAUGAAUACACUGAUAAUAAUUAUUUUUGGGAAUAGAUUAAAUUAUUAUAAAAGGCAAUAAUAAUUUUAAUAACUACAUAUUUUGAAAAUAAUACACUUUUAAAAACAUCAUUAUUAGGACUUUGUUUACUCUCCUACUAAGUAAUAGCCGUUAAGAAUAAACCUUAUAUUAUUUCAAAAUUUAACAAUCUGGAUUUGUCGUCAGGAUAAAUUUGCUCGAUAACCAUAUUUUUGGCAGCAAUUAAAUAUGAGAGUUAAAACUUGAAUGAAUUUUUUUCGAUAUUCCUAUAAAUUUUCAUACUCAUUUUAUUGGUUCGACUAUGCUACCCGUUUAUAUUAAAUAUUUGUUCAGUUUAUUACAAAAAAUAUAGCUUCUUUAUUUUGACAAAGAUUCACUAAUUUUUGAAAUACUUAAAACUAAAUAAAUAUUGUGUUUAAAGUCUUGAGGAUUAUCUAACAAAAGCGACGGAAAAAAAACAGAAAUUAAAAAGGAAUUUCCUAAAGCUUAAGUAAUUUUUGAUUCCCAAAUCCAAAUCCUAUCAAUCAAAUUAAAGGUUGACAUUAUUUAACAUAUUAGAACUACUGUUAGAAGGAUUUGCCUUAGAUCAACAUCAUCAAGUGGCCAUCAAUUAAUCGAAGGACUUCAAGAAUGA